AUAGACUUGUGUUUUUCCAGUUUCGAUAUUAUGUGUUAGUACAAAAGUCAAAAAGUUUAAUUUCAAUAUUUUCAGUUUUACAAGAGAAUCAAAUAUUCGAAGAGGUAGUGAAACAGAGUUAUCUUUUAAAACAAUCAGAUGAGUGUCACAUUGAAAAGUUAUGUUCACGACUUUCCCGUGCUGGAAGUUUAUCCUCGUAUAUACUACUUCUACAGACGGUUUAGAGAUCUACUUACCAGAUACAAACGAGUUGAAGAUGCACUACCAAAGCGUUUUCACGAUGCGUUGUUGAUGUCUGGGCUGGACCAAUUGAAAGAAAGUCUGGAACGCGGUGUUAGGGUGUACGUGAUAGGGCAGCAUGAUAUCGAUGGCAGUAAGCUGGUGUUCACUAGCCCGGGUCACAGAAAUCAAAAAGAAACAACCACAGAACCACGCAUUUCAGUAGUUGUGUGGCACACCAGCCUUGUACAUUUGGAAGAGAAAGAAUUACAGGGCAUGCUAACUUCUUUUAAAAUUGUUAGCGCAUAUACGAAAAGGCUAGGAUUGAACAGUAAUAUUUUCAUCAAGUGUGACGUAAGCCAACAGUACUCAAAGGAACAAAUUACUGAAAUCCAAAACACCAUAUUUGCUGCACUUUGCGACGAUACGUCAAAGAAUCGUUUUCAUCCAAAAGACAUUUUAAUCGACUGUGGUGAUUGUGACCUGAACACAUCGAUUUCCGACAAGCUAGAGAAAUUUGUUGCUGAUGGUUUCUCGAAUAUAUACUCCAAUCUGAAGAGGUUCGAGUAUGUAACCAGUGAAAGUGGUUUAGAGAACACGAAUGUACUGGAGAUCGACACAGUAGCUAUUUCUAUAAAGGAGUUUCUUCGAAAUGCUCGUAAUAAUAUAGAAGUAAAUAAAACGUUGACUGAAGAAACAGAAGAAACGGCAAGUGGUAAGAUUCUUCAAUAUCUGCUCCAUUCUUUGUGUCGUGUGAUCAAAUGCACACUAGUGAAACCCUUAGCAAAGAAGAUCGGACUGAAGACGUGGAUAUGCAAUGGUCUGCUGCAUGAGAUACAAUUCGAAGAAGCUUUGGCCGAAGCUGUCUCAAAAAAUACACGACAUCAUCUAAGGAAACUGGCAUCAUCUACGUAUAAAGCUAGACGCGAUGGAAUCAGAUACACCCGGAAAUGUAACAAAUUCGAAUUCAUUUGUUUCCCUCUACAAACAGAAAUGAAGCCUGUCGUUGAAAGAGCUGAAAAGAAACUUCUUUCAAUGCAGCGUAUUUCAAAGGUUAUCCGGAGAAUGGCAUUCGAAACAUACGGCUACUUGAGACAGACAAAUAUUGACAGUCCUGAGCAAACUAUCCAUCAGCCUGCGAAGCUACCUGACGUACUUAGAAAGGACUUAUUACAUAUUCCAGGGGUGUAUGGUUUAGGUACCAUAUACGGUGAGCUUGAGAUUCAUCUAGAUAAAGAAACAGUGAAAACCUCGACAGAUUCUUCUAGCGGUACAGAUGAACUACAAUCUAAAUCAAAAAAUGAUGCAGACGCAAAACACCAGGAACUACAAUCUAAAUCAAAAGAUGAUGCAGACGCAAAACAACAGGAACUACAUUCUAAAUCAAAAGAUGAUGCAGACGAAAAACAUCAGACCUCUUCAGAAAAGUUGGACAUAAAACAAUCAAUAAGAUUGAAGUCAGAAAUUGCUAAAACGUUGCAGAAACAUCAGUAUCGCGGUCGAUAUUCUGUCAAAUAUGUCCAAAAUAAACCUGGAGAAGUAGCUGCUAAUUACGAGCCUGGUGAUAAAUUGAUUCACCAAGGAAGAAAGGGAUUUGGGACUCUUGGAGGAUUUAUCUUUAGUAAAGAUGGAAAGCUCCACGGUCUUACAUGUGGACAUGUUGUCGGCGAUGAUAUGGACAUCUAUAUAGAUAAAACCAUACGAGAGCUAUUAAGCUGUUGUUCCAAAGUAGUCAAUCACGGAAAUGGAGAACUUAAAUAUAUAGAUAUUGCAGCUUUAGAGAUACACCCGUCCUUGCAAUCUGAAUGUAAAAGAUCUUUAGAAAGAAGUUCUGACCGCAUAACAAAAGUAAAACUGGCUGAAGACCAUCCGGAAAAAAUGAUCGGAAAUACUGUUUACAAGUAUGGAGCAGCAACUGGCAGAACCACGGGUUUUAUCGUGUCGAUUGACUACAGCGUGUUAGGUAUGGAUACUAAAGACUAUUUAGUCAUGAUAGAUACAGUCCCUGACAUUCCAAGUGGUUUCAGCGAAGACUUCAGUUCUCUGAUCUCUAAGGAGAACGAUCAUCAAGAUGGAAAUACUACGGCUAUGGAAACUGAUAAUACAACUAUGAAUGAAACAUCAUACGAUGAGGCACACAGUGAUGCAGAUGCUGAUGAAGAGAAAAUGGACAUAGAGUUUUGUUCAAGUCCAUCACAAAUCAACUAUGAUAACAGUUCAUUAGAGCCAGGUUGUUCCGGAAACAAAAAGAUUAAAUUGGAUGACCGAAAAUCAUCUAAAAUGAAAUACAGUGAGGGCAAUAAUACGCUUGUCCAAAAGAACGAAAAUUCUGAAAUUGAAGGAGGAAGUUUUCUACAGGUUAGAGGUACAAACGGUGCUGAUGAGGAACGAAUAAAAGGCAUACAUUUAUCUCUUCGUGAAAAUGUAAAUAACCGACUUGGAAGUGACGCAAUUUUCCGUCAUCCUCUCGUAUAUGUUCUACGUAAUACUAGCAAUCUGGGACCUACUUCAUUGGAUUCAACCGAAUGUGAAACACCCGAUGAAGUGUUUGCAAAGAGAGGAGACAGUGGCUCAAUUAUAUGUAUACCCGAACCAACUCAUAACAAACUUGAUUGUGUAGCUUUGUCGAUGCUUUUUGCUGGUGACUUUAAGACUGAUGGUGAUGAAAGUCUGAAAUGCUUGUCAUUCAAAUUGAAUGUAGGCUUGCAUACGCUGAUGCAAAGACAUCAAUUGGACUUUUGAUUGUUAACAAUAAGAUACAGGAUAUGUCGUAAUUAAACGUUACGGCAUAUCAUCAAUGGUUAUUCAUUGAAAUACAUGUCUAACAGCCUUACCAUGUUUUUGAAGCUAACAGAAACAGAUACUUGUAUCAUUAAAGAAAAAAAUAAAUGAGAGAAAAAGUUCUUCGACUGACACAUUGUAAAUGUAUGAUAAUAAUAUACAAAGUGAGCUAGUUCUUGGGGAAAAAAUGAUUUGUUAAAUCCGUUCUCUAGGAGCUUAUAAAAAAGGCUCUAUAAGUAAAUAUGAAAAUUGCAAUCAAAACUUAAAGGGAGACAAUAAAUUUGAAAAUUUAAAAUAGAUAUUAUUUUUAGGAAUAUGCGAGUCAAAAUACAAAUGAUUCAGUGCAUUAAGGUCAUAAAUAUAUAUAUUAAGUGAUAACAUUGAGCCAAUGUAUGAUUUAUUCCAAUUGUAUUUUCAAUUUUAAAGGCGGGUAUAACUAUGUAUAAAGCAGAAGUUCAGGAGUAUAUAUGACGAAUUAAUCCAUUGUUUACAUUUACAGAUGCGAAUUAACUGAAAUCAUGGGGUUGUUUAUCUUCAAUAUGUUUUGUUCCGCUGUAUCAUAUCAUGUGUUAUAUGAUUUUAAGGUAUUAGAUCACUUAUAGUAAUGUUUACAAAAUUGCUUUUGCUUGGUAUAUUCUGAAAGGUAACCGUGAUUUGCACUAUUUUGCAAUUUCUAAACAACUUUUACCGUGCCGUUUUUUUAUAUAAAUUUUGUAUAACUUGUGGUAUCUCCUCAAGCUCAAGUAGAGGCAAAUUUCAAAGUGAUAGCCACUAUCCAAAACGUUUGCAGAGAACUCAUUUUACCAUUAAUUUUGAUAAAAGAAACAUCAAACUAUUGGUAAACAAUUAUAAAACACAAAAUAAAAAUGUCAAUAUCAUAAUUUUUCUAUGGUGCCUCAAGUAAACGGAUUUAAUGAGACAGAAUUCAUACUUCAACAUUGAAAAAAUAAGGUCAAAUGCUGUGUUUCUGUUUUGAAUUUUGCUUACUCCAUUUAAAAACAACCUUAGGGCAGACGUUAAACCUACCUAAAUUUCUUCCACAAUAUAUAAUCUAAGAGAGAAAGCAAAAUAGAUAACUUUCACCGCGUGUAACUCAAUAUUUUUAAAGGUGUGUAACUCUACCCCUUCUGUUUCGGUAGUAAAUUCACUUUGAACACCAAGAAAUCGCUUAUAAGAUUCAUCUUUUUCCAUUUUUGUACACGAAAUCAAUAAUAAAUCUUGAAAGAAGUAAAAACUUACUAGAAAAAGAGAAAAUAAGGGAAAAAAUUGGUUCCAGAAGGCUUGAACCUACGCCCCCCUAAGAAUUGCAGUAAAAGUAGGUUUAUGAUAGGAAUUGAAUACGCUUCAAAAAGGAGGUUCUCUUUUAGUGAUCUAAUACCUUAAAUUGUUGAUAUACCGUGCCAUUGUUAUAAAUGUAUUCACACAUUUUGCCCAUUUAGUGGCGCUAUAUAUUAAGGGACAGUUGUUUGAAUUACAAAGUUAAUCAAGAGAUCAAUCUUUUCCAAUGUUUAAUUUGUUUUGAUAGCUUAAAAAGAGAAGAAGCCAUUAGCUCUCUCCUUAUACAAAGUUUCUCAAUACAACACUUUUGCAAUCAGUAUGUUGAUAUCUUGGAUACAGUGCUAAAAUUGACCCAAUUUUUUACAAAACCUUCUAUGGUACAUAAUUGUACCGAAAUAUAUUUUAAUUAUAAUUAUCAUAUAUAUAAUGUACAAUUAGUAUUAAAGAUGGACAAUCAUAUUUUAGCAACAUCAUAUGACAUAUUUCAGUUUUUUUAUAUAUCCUGUUAGAGAUUUAUUUAAGCUCCAAAAAAACUAUUAUAUAUAGUUAGAUCCCUAUUGGAAUACAUAUUUUAUUAAUUUUAAUGAAAUUAUGUAAUUAUCUUCCUUUGAUACAUGGGUUUUCAAAAAGGUUUCUUUUUUUUUUCAAUAUAAUUUCCAUUUUUACAUUUGCAUUAGAUGGAUAUUUGGGUAAAUUAACUACCUGAUACAAAAGGCAAGUUUUAAAAGAGAAAUCAUCUAUUUUCAAUCUAUCUUGGUUGCGCAACCAAGAUACACAAAGGGAGGUAAUAAUAUUUUUAUAAACCUGUUUGUCUGAUGAAUUUUGGCAAAAUAUAUACCUGUCCAUGCAACUUUUUGACAACUUUAAUUAAAAAAUGCUUAUAUUCAUAUUAUUCAUUCGGCAAAAUAUGUUCGUUGAAUUCAUAUGUAUGCUGAAACUAACGCUUGGUUGGGCAACUAGGAUACGAAAAUUAAAUUUUGAAAAUACUUUCAGUAAAAAUCUGGCGUGUAUUAAGAACUUGGUAAACACAAUUAAGUGUAAACUAACAGUAAGUAAAGUUUCGAACAAAUCCUUUGGUGGGUCAAAAUCUGAUUAACCACCUUUAACGUUUCUUAGUCUCUUUUCAGCAAGGCUUAAGAGCCUCUUUUAGAAUUUAUUUUAUGAUAUGAAACGGGAUUUUUGUCACUUCCUAUCAAAAACAACAUUUUAACACGGUGUAAUCUGUUUUCAUCUCAUCGUCUUUGUAUCUUAACCAGUAGGCUGAAUCAGCCUGUUAGAACACCUAUAAAUAUUCAUAUACACUAUUAUAUUAUACAUGUAUAUAUCUAUAGAACCAAAAAGAACGUUGAUUUUCGUAUGAACAACAUCAGCGCCACAAUAUCAAACGGUGACCCUUCCUGUCAGAUUGCGCGUACAGUCUCACUGCGUUUACGAAGCAACAGAACCAAAACGGGUCCAUUCGAAAGGUGUCAAAAGUGCAAACAUCUUUAAAGACAGCUGUUUUAUCUGUCAUUAACCUAAGAUUUAAAGCAUUAUCAAAUGGAUCUUUAAGAAAAUAUGAAUAUUAUUUUAAUAUGAAUAUUAUGCACACGAUUGGCAUACUUAAACGUAAGGAAAAACAGCUCAUUAUAGGUUUCGUGUUGUAUUAUACGAAUAUGAUCAUUUGUUUAUUGUUGAUCGCGGCCGAUGAGGCCGCGAUCAUAUUGAAUAGGACAAGUAUUUGCACGCUGGGGAAAAUAUUUCAUGAUGGACCUGUCAAUUCUUUACUUGUGGAUGAAACAGGUCUCAUAAGCGUAAAUACGACUAGCUUCUACUGAUUAUAAAACAUACCGUACGAUUUGUUGUGAAUUAACUGUUGUUGUACUUUUAGUAGUUUAACCGCCACCCUUGUUUAAGAGCAACAUUUAAAAACACGUUUGUUUCAUCCUCAAGUAAUAAGUACUAAGUAGACUCGCCCAGUUUAAUCAAUCUAGAUGCAUAAUCUAACUGUUAUAUAUAGAGCGCUUACUUCACCCGAUUUACAUUCGGAACAUUUUCACGCGUUUCGGGCUUUAUCGUAUGUUUAACAUGGGAUUUUUGAAC